AUGUCCAAGUUCUCACUUAGUGGCCGCGUGGCCAUCGUCACUGGUGGCGCCAGGGGCUGCGGGAUGGCUUUUGCUGAAGGCCUGGCAGAGUCCGGGGCAGAUGUUGCAGUCUUCGAUGUGAUCAGUCCAGCCAGCAACGAGUUGGAAGAGUUGGCAUCUAAGCAUGGGGUCAAGACUCGAUCUUACAUCGUUGAUGUCACAUCUCUCUCGAGCUUGAAGGAGGGGUUUGCCUCGGUGGCGAAAGACUUUGACGGAAAGUUGGACAUUCUAGUCGCAUGCGCUGGCGUGAACAAGAAUGUCCAUUUCCUUGACACAGAGGAAGAGGACUUUGAACGUCUCUUCAAUGUCAACUGCAAGGGUGUUUACUUUGCCGCGAAGCUCGCGGCCAAGGCCAUGAUCGCCAAUGGAACUAAGCAUGGAAGCAUCGUUCUAGUGGCAAGCAUUGCAUCGCACAUGGCUAUCAGAUCUCAGAGAUCAACAGCUUACUGCGGCACAAAGGGCGCAGUGAGAGCCAUGGUGGCGCCGAUCGCUGCAGAGCUGAACGAGUAUGGAAUCCGUGUUAACUCGGUUAGUCCUGGCUAUGUCAGGACAGCCAUGACAGCGCCGUUUCCGGACCUUCUUGAGGGAUGGAAGGAUGAAAUCAUGAACCAUAGGGUUGCUGAGCCUGAUGAUAUCAAGGGAGCUUGUGUCUUUUUGGCUGGCGAUGCAAGCAAAUAUUGCACUGGGACUGAUAUUCUGGUGGAUGGAGGAGUAACAAAAUGGUAG